AUUCCCCGAUUAGCUUAGCAGUUGCUAGUUCAAGUUCAGGCAGUUCAUACUGUCCGGUCCGGUCAUUGUCCGGUCGUGUUCUGUGACGUUAUUAUUAUUCUCUGUAGCKUAUGUAACUAAAAGUAAAAUCGUUCACUAUCUCUCACAUUAUACUUCUCUGUUGUUACAAAACUUUUUAUAACUCGGAUUUAGUAAAAUGGCGUCUUCACAAGGAAAACACAUGCCCAAAGACACUCAAAUCAUUGUGUCGAUUAUGAAAGAUUUGGGAAUUGUUGAAUACGACCAACAAGUUUUAAAUCAUCUCUUAGAAUUUAACUACAGAUACACAACGUUAUUGCUGGACGAUGCCAAGACAUUUUCAAACUUUGCAAAAAAGAAGAAUGUUGAUGCUGAUGAUGUGAAAGUUGCAAUACAAUUGGCUCAAGAUGGAAUAUUUUGUCGACCUCCACCGCGUGAUGUAUUAAUGACAGCAAGUCGCGAAGUAAAUAAAAUACCAUUACCUCCAGUAAGGCCUGCCAGUGGACUGCGAAUUCCUCAUGAUCGUUCAAAUUUCUUACAAACAAACUAUAGGCUUAAGAAUGAUUUGUAUUCUGCAGGAAAUAUGCGUAAGGACACUAAAACAACAGCUGCAGAAAUGUUGGAGGCAUCUAGAAAAUUAGAUAUUGAAGAAAAUCCUUUCCCGGAGUGUAAUAAUUUUUAUUUAAUUAUUUAAUUUUGAUUCUUCUGAAUUGCAUACUAUGUAUUAAACUUAUAAACUAUGUCA